GACAAUUUGAAGAGCGUUUACUUGACUUUUUUGACCAACCACCAAGGUUAAGCAUAGCAGAAAGUGCCACCAUCAAUGUACUAGACAUUCAUGCCUUGAAUAAUAUCAUAAGUAUUUCCACGACCAUCAUUAAUAAUGAAACUGUAUUCACAGUCAACAUUAUUAAAUCCACUUCAGAAAAGUCCAGUCAA